AUGGGGACGCGGUCCGUGCGGAGCGCGGCCAAUGGGGAGGCGCGGGCGGCGGGCACGGGGGGCGGUGCCGCCAAUGGGGCUCGCGGGGCGCUCGGGCGCUCGGGCGCGGCCAUGGCGGACGCGAUGGCGGCGGGCGGCCCGCGGCGCUGCCGGCGGCUGGAGGGCGAGGCGGCGCGGGCCGUGCUCGCCAACGCCGACACGCUGCUCUUCGACUGCGACGGCGUCCUGUGGCGGGGCGAGGCGGCCGUGAGCGGCGCGGCGGCGGCGCUGGGCCGGCUGGCGGCGGCGGGCAAGCGGCUGUGCUACGUGACCAACAACAGCGGGAGGACGCGCGCGGCCUACACCGAGAAGCUGCGGCGCCUCGGCUUCCCGCCCGCCGAGCCCCGGCACAUCUUCAGCUCGGCCUUCUGCGCCGCCCGCUACCUGCGGCAGGCGCUGCCGCCCGGCGCCGCCGCCUACGUGCUGGGCAGCGCCGCGCUGGCCGCCGAGCUGGAGGCCGUGGGCAUCCCGCACCUCGGGCCCGGGCCCGCCGCCCUGCCCGGCCCCGCGCCCGCCGACUGGGUGCAGGCGCCGCUGGAGCCCGCCGUGCGCGCCGUGCUCGUGGGCUUCGACGAGCACUUCAGCUACGCCAAGCUGUGCCAGGCGCUGCGGUACCUCCUGCGCGGCGGCCCCGAGUGCCUCCUGGUCGGCACCAACCGCGACCACCGGCUGCCGCUCGAGGGCGGCGCCGGCAUCCCCGGGAUGGGAUGUCUGGUGAAGGCCGUGGAGACGGCGGCGCAGCGCGAGGCGUUCAUCGUGGGCAAACCCAACCGCUUCAUGUUCGACUGCGUGGCCGAAGAGUUCCAGGUGGACCCUGCCCGCACCAUCAUGGUGGGGGACCGGCUGGACACGGACAUCCUGAUGGGCAACAGCUGCGGCCUGACCACGCUGCUCACCCUGACCGGGGUGACGGCGCUGGACGAGGUGCGGGGCCACCAGGAGAGCGGCUGUCCCGCCAGGCACAGCCUGGUCCCCGACUACUACGUCGACAGUAUCGCCGACCUGCUCCCGGCUCUGGGGCAGUAACGGGCCCGGGGCAGCCCCGGGCAGCAGCCCGUGACAGUAACGUACGCACUAGAUACUCCCCGGGGUUAGAACCCUUCGCUUGUCUCCUCUCUGUCCUCUCGGUAUGAUUCUGUUUACAUCUCAGUCUGAAAUGCACUUUGAACAAAGGGGGCAUUACAGGGGCUGGGCUUGGGGCUGGGUUUAGUUAUCGUGCAUCGAUCCAGUGCUGCUGGUGCUCCAUGGCACAGCUCCUCUGGGCUGGGCUGGGGAGGUGGAGCUGGUUGAUCUGAGGGGAAGGAUCAUGUCCUGGCCAGGCCGGGCCAUGGCUCAGCCUGGUCUGUUCAGGGAAACGACUCUUGGGAUGUGCAGUAGCUCUGGUUGUGGUUGGAAACACUUGUGGAGCUGGUGUUUGCCCUUGGGGUGACUUUUUCCCAGCUGGGGCCCUGUUGAGGGGCACAGCCCCACGUCAGGUCACAUCUCCUUCGUUUGACCACUGCACAUUGCACUUGUGAUGCAGACUGGGAUGAUCCCACACAACUCCAGACCUUGCCUGCUGCACACAGUGUCUGUCCAAGGUCAAGAGUGUGUAUAGCACAUGUACACACGGGCACCCCCUGAGCAUCAAUUUAGAGUAUAUUUAAAUUAUAAAUAGAGUCUAUGAUAAUAUAUCUUGUUUCCCAGGAGGGAGGAUGAGAGGAAUGUACUUAGCACUGAUUUAAUUCUCCUGAACCAUUGCAUUUGGUAAUGCAGAGAGUCUGUAGCCACGCAGGACUGUCCCUCAUUCCUGCUGCUUCCCAGGAAUCCCUGGAUCGAUGUGUACCGAGCUCCUGCACUUCCCUCAGCAUCAGCGAGCCACUUGCCUUGGCUUUAGCUGCAUAAUCCCAGUUCCUGCUCAGUCCGUGGAUGGAUGUAGUGCCCAGGGCAGCUGUCCACAGGGAGCCCUGUGGCUCUGGCUGUGUGUGACAAUAGCUCGUGCUUCCUUCCCAUCCCUGAGGUUCAGAUCUUCCACGUGUGCCGGCAGGUGCCAGGCACACUGGGUGGUGAGGAGUUCUGGCUUGCUCAGGGAUGAUUCUGUUUGAUCUCCAGGUGGGAUUGGGCAAUGAGGGGCUCACCACAGCGUGGUUUUUGUGCUGCCUGAAUCCCACAGUGAAAGCUUUUGCAUUACAGAAUUAAUUGAAAAUUAUAUAUGCAAAUAACUGGCUUUUAUUGCAUAAAUUCCAGACCUACAGUUCAAUUUAAGCACUGGUUUUCCUUCCUGUCCAGCUGAGGAGCUCGGGCAGUGCUGAUGCCAUUUCCUGCCUGGUAACUUGUCACCUUCUUUGCAGAGCAAUAACCCUGCAGUCCAGAGGGUCUCGUGUUCCCAGAGCACUGGCUGACCCUCUGGAAGGCUGUUUGUUUGUAAUGUGGAGUUGUGGAAGGAAGUGUGGAUAAUCUCUUCUGCCAAGUCCCAGAGGCAGAACUUACCCUUGGUCUGGGUAACGUGAAGAUGGAUGUUAUGGACUCACUGCAGGUCGUGUCUGAAGUAGCAGUGUGGGUUUGGAUUCAGUCUCUGUUUCUGGUGCUUUUUGUGUCAGGAAAAGGCCAGGAGAGAGUCCAGCAUCCCUCAGGCAGCUCUGUCCCUGCUGAGGGCUCUCGCUGGCAAGGGAGCCGUUGCCUGGGCUCAGGGGUGCUGGAAUGUGCUGGUGGUAGUGUUGGUCGUGCUUCAAAUCUCUGUUCUGACUUCCAAACAGUUCUUAAUCCUCUACUUGAAUUCCCAUUAAACUCUCAAACCUGCUCUCCCCA